CUCCUUCUUGGUAAAAUAGCCUUUACACAGCCUGGAGUUGUGUUGGGUCAUUGUCCUGUUGAAAAACAAAUGAUAGUCACUCUAAGCACAAACUAGAUGGGAUAGCGCAUCGGUGCAGAAUGCUGUGGUAGCCAUGCUGGUUAAGUGUGCAUUGAAUUCUAAAUAAAUCACAGACAGUGUGACCAGCAAAGCACCAUAACACCUCCUCCUCCAGGCUUUAUGGUGGGAAAUACACAUGCAGAGAUCAUCUGUUCACCCACACCGCGUCUCACAAAGAUAUGGCAGUUAGAACCAAAAAUCUCCAACUUGGACUCCAGACCAAAGGCCAAAUUUCCACCGGUCUAAUGUCCAUUUUUCAUGUUUUUUGGCCCAAGCAAGUCUCUCUUCUUCUUAUUGGUGUCCUUCAGUAAUAGUUUCUUUGCAGAAAUUUGACCAUGAAGGCCUGAUUCACACAGUCUCCUCUGAACAGUUGAUGUUGAGAUGUGUCUGUUACUUGAACUCUGUGAAGCAUUUAUUUGGGCUGCAAUUUCUCUGAGGCUGGUAACUCUAAUGAACAUAUCCUCUGCAGCAGAGGUAACUCUGGAUCUUACAUUCCUGUGGCGGUCCUCAUGAGAGCCAGUUUCAUCAUAGAGCUUGAUAGUUUUGCGACUGCACUUGAAGAAACGUAUUAUUGACUGACCUUCAUGUCUUAAAAUAAUGAUGGACUGUAGUUUCUCUUAGCUUUUUAUAACAACUAAUAUUAGUAUUUAAUGUUGUGGGCUUAUGAUGAAAACCAAGAGCCAGAAAUGCAGCUUUAAUGCAAUGGUGGGUAAAUGUAAAUGAUGGAUCACUUUAACCCUUGGCCUGAGUUGGGUUGGGGUUGGUAGUAUUAGCAGCACUAGAGAUAUUUCACUAAAUAUAUAUAGUUUCCUGUCCAAACAUCAAAAGAGAAAUCCUUUCAGUAUAUAUGUAGUUUCUCUCAGAAAAUAAACAGCUGUAUUGUAGACUGUUAUUGUACAUGAUAAUUUGUUCUUAACUGACUUGCCGAGAUAAAUAAAGGUUAAAUUCGAGCCAAUAUAUGAUUGCCUUGAGCCAGUAACUCUGAAUUGCUUUAUAAUGUCUUAAAUGUCAUUCCCGGGAAGCUCAAGCUAUGGUAAGCCAGAGGACAUACUUCUAAGAUUGUAGUCGGCCAAUAAACUCUCUCGUUUCAGUGUUCCCUCCUACUGCAUGAAAGGUACAUGUAAAGUGCUGUCCUAUAUUAGGUGCAUAUAAAGUGUCCCACUGUCAGACCCACACACAAUACAGUGCAGAAGGGACUAAUGUUACAAUGAUGAAUAGAGAAGUAUUUAUGUUUUACAUCAACUUGGUUUGUGCUUUCACCAAACCAAAAGUAAUCCAACCGACCCCUGUGAUGGUUACUGAGCUGGGAGGCACUGUGACUCUCACUUGCUAUUGUCCGGAUGAGUCGGUGACCAGAUUUAUUUGGUUCAAGCAGAGUUUUGGACAGGAACCCCUCCUCAUGGCAUCAUCUCUUUAUGCUGGCCAAGAGAUUUAUUAUUCCAACAACUUUAUCAAGGACUUUACUGAGACCAAUCGUUUGGGUGUGAGGAGAGGAGAAUACAGCUGUGACUUGACCAUAUCCAAGACAGAGCCAGGGGACUCAGCUACAUACUUUUGUUCCACUACAGACAUCUAUGAGCAAACAUUUGGAGAGGGAACUGUUUUAUUUGUCAAAGACUCAGAGUCCAACAGCAUGUCUGUGCUCCAGCAGCCUGUGUCUGAGUCAGUCCAUCCAGGAGGCUCUGUGACUCUGAACUGUACAAUUCACACUGAGACCUGUGCAGGAGAACACAGUGUCCUUUGGUUCAGACAUGGCUCAGGAGAAUCCCGUCCAGGAAUCAUUUACACCCAUGGAAACAGGAGUGAUCAGUGUGAGAAGAGCCCUAAGGCUGGGUCUCCUACACAGAGAUGUGUCUACAACCUCCCCAAGAGGAACCUCAGCCUCUCUGAUGCUGGGACUUACUACUGUGCUGUGGCCUCAUGUGGGGAGAUACUCUUUGGGAACGGGACCAAGUUGGACAUUGACGACCAUAGAGCAUAUCCUCUUCUCUUGGUGUCCUGCCUGGGUGUAGUAUUGUGUGUCACGUUCACCUUGAUCAUUGUCCUGGUUUGCAUCAUGUACAAGAUGAACAACACAACAUGUGUGCAGUGCAGAGGACUCGUCUCUCAGACCAGAGGUCCUUCAGUUACCAGAUCAGAUGUAGGGGACCAAGAUGGAGACAGUCUCCAUUACGUAGCUCUGAAUCUGAGCAACAAGAAGAACAGGUCUAGAAGACAGAGAGGUCACAUGGAGACAGUGGUGUAUGCUGGGAUCAGACAGUAGAACUGGAUGAAUGAACCAAUGAUAAUGUUUUACUAGAUAACUCUUUAUUAACUAGUUCUAGCUUCAUAUCUAACUAUCUAUGAACGCAUAAGCAGUCAAAUGUGAUGAAAACAGUGGUCAUAGCUUUUUUGUUAUUCAAUGUUGAAAAGAUUAAAUGCAUUGCUUCUCUGACAAACAUUUUUUAUUUUUUAUUAUAAUAAUUUAUUAUAAUAAUUAGGGGUGGUGCUUAUAUUUGUCUUGGUACACAAGUGUGUAAUGAAAAUGUUUUUGUUUGUUUGUUGCUAACCCAACUCCCCCUGAGACACCCGCAGGGAGUGGGUUCACAGCCAGGGUCACCAUUGUACAGCACACCGGGAGCAAUUAGGGUUAAGUGCCUUGCUCAAGGGCACAGUGACAGAUUAUUAUUAUUUUAUUGUAUUUGUUGUGCCUAUUUUAGCAACAGUGAACUAGUUGAUUGCGUUUCCAACUGUUUGAAUUUGAAUAAAUUGAACCCACU